GGCUUCAGUACGGGACGAACAAGUAGCACGGAGCCAUGGCGGAAGAAGAAGAGGAACAGCCGGACCAGGAAUCGGCGAUUAUGAAGACGAUUCGUCUUCUCCGGUUCAGUGCCACGAAGGCCCCAGCAACCCCUGAACCCACCAAGAGCGCCAAGAGCCCUACCACCCCUUCUGCCCUACUAGAGGAGGAGCUCUACUACACUCCCGAACUACCCCUCCCGCCUCCAAAACCCACUCGGACGCCGAUGGGGGACUACAUGGUGCCACAGGGGAAGGCCGCUUACAAGUCUCGGUGACCAUGUGCCCGGGCCUGCGGACUACAUGCCAAAGAUCGACCUGACCAGGAAGUCGGCGCCACAGUACUCGCUGGUCGGAAAAAACCAGGAAAGAUCCACCCAAUCUGCAUCCUGGUCCAGCUGAUUACACGUGUGGAAAGAACCUUAUCUGGAAUCAAAAGACUGUCACCCUCAAGGGCAGAGUUGGCAAAAGUUACUUCGAACAGAAAGAUCCAGGGGUAUCCGACAUCGGCCCCGCCAUGUACGACACGGAGAACCCCCUAGGGAGGUGUGGGCCCUGCUUUAGUAUGGCUUCCAAACACAUCUACAUCGACGUCAUGGCCGGGCCCCCUAACGGUCUCGUGCAGCCCGUAGACACGCACGGGUUUGAGUCGCCUGGCCCCGACUUCCAGCCCAACUCAGGCUACUGGGGAAGAGGACCCGAAAAGUCCUUUGGGACCAAGCGGGAAGUCGUUUUUCAGGAAAACCCAGGCCCUGGCGACUACGACAUCCCCGACCCCAACAAGGGCCCGUCUUACUCACUGGCCAAGCGGCUGUCCAACUCGGAUGAGACAACCAGACGCAAGAAGAAGAAGGAUCCAGCACCAAAUACAUACGACGUCGGCAGCACCAUCGGCAAAGCUGUUGCAAUCUCCAUCACCGGCAGGAGGAAAGAACACCCAAAAAGCAUCCAGAAGGCCGGACCGUCAUCCAACGCCUAUACGCUCAAGACGUCGUUUGAUUCUAACUUCAAGGCCGCUACAAUGGCCUACCGCUGGUUUGACGUCAAUGCUCCCAUGGAGCCCGGCCCUACCGACUAUAACGUUCAUCACGUGACCCUGAAGAGCCCAGAAUUCACCUGUAGACGGCGCUGCAAGGCAUCGUAUCCGGACUCGCUGAACUACGUCACGAAAUCAUCCCCGACAGCGAGCCCAGGACCUGGAAAGUACAACGUGAGCAAGGAGAUCCGUAACAACGACGACCCGGCUUUUUCGAUGGGGUCAAGGACACAUGUCCAGAAAGGUGGCGGUCCCGCUCCCAAUGAGUACAAGGUGGAGAAAUUCCCGAAGCCUGGAGCCGAGCGAGCCCCUGCGUUCACUAUGGGCCGGAGAUUUGAGUCCCCAGACAGCAAGGUGAGUCCCGGACCAGCUGCCUACAACCUCCAGACAAGCAUGGCAGGAGGGCCGCGCUACACCAUGUCCAAGAGGCUCCGGAGAUACAUCACAGGAAUCAGCAAUCCUGGUCCUAACGCCUACAAGCCCCCCAGCGCUCAGACCAACAAGGGCUUGAGGACCCGACUUGGAGUGAAGCUGAAGAGCAGAGCAAGUCCGUUUGUCUACUCGGGCUUCCAAACCAACAAGAUACUGGACACCGUGGCAUAAUCCACCCACCCACGAUGUUUGUGAUUGAUUGUACAGUAUUUGUCGUUCAUUCAGCCUCCCACGGACAGCGCUUUGAUCCCAUUACUCUGUCUUUGCUCAUUAGGAUAAUAGGAUUCUACACCGGUUUUUGUAAUUGUGGAUUAUAGAUAUUUUAAGUGAAUUGAUUAAUCUGUUUGGAGGUAAUGUGAUUGGUGUCCAUGUGAUUUUGAAUUUGAUUUAAGUGUAAACGUAUAGCAUUCACCUGUACAUUGAACAGGUACGGUAUUGUUUUGAUGUAGGUUAUUAAAUAAGUAUUUUCUA